AUGUCCUCCAAUGAUCUGCAAGCUCUUUUUGCCAACCUGAAGCCAAAGCCUCGUGAUUCUCCCGCCCCUCCAUCCCAACCUAUCCGAUCUACUUCCUAUGCCAGUCAGUCAUACUCCCAGACGCCUGCUGGCCUUCCAUCCAGCCCUCCACCAUUGACAUCUCCGAUCAAUGCGGCGGUAAUCAAUUCCCAGCCCUCCAUGGCCCACCCCGGGGCUUCAACCAAUGCUCAGUCUCUGCUCAGCCUGUUGAACUUUGGCUCCUCUGCAACUCCUGCCCAACCAACUUCAUCUGCUUCCACAACUGCUCCACAACCUUCUCAGCCAAAUAUUCAAGAACAGGGAAAUGAUAACUCAUGGCAGGCUGCUGGAAGAACGCCCUCUGUCACUGCUUCUGAUCUGUUGUCAAAGUUCAUGAGCCCUUCUCCCGCUGCCACCUCAACUUUGACAAGACCCCAGCCUCAUGCCCCUUCCCAGCUCGAGGAUCAGGGCGGCGGUGGCCUGGCUUCUGGUUCCCACUACGGCCGAGAUCCUUCUCAAGAUGCCUUGCUCAAGCUCCUAAACAGGGCCACUUCAAAUCACUCCUCUGCCGGUGCGUCUGCACGACAAGGCUCGGUCGAGAGAACUCGAUCAGCAGCAAGUCAGGUCAAAGCCGAAUCUGCUACUCCAGGCAGUGCCGACCUGGCUUUACGCUUUUUAGAAUCUCAACAAGAGCCAAUCCCCACAUCUGAAGAACCGAAGCCCGAAAACACGACAUCUGUCCCCAAAAAGCCACUCUUCACCUACACCAAUCCAUUUGAGGCCUUGCAAGCCUCGCGAUCUCAAACUCCCAACGUUAAGGCUCCUGCCUCCACACCUCUACCACUAGAUCCUGACGUACCUCAACCUAGUGUUGAGUCCUCUGCUGAACAACCCUGGGCUGGCUCCCCCGUCAUGGCUACCCCCGAACACAUUGCAAUGCGAAAGAUCCUCACCCCGCGUCUGUCUUCCAUUAAUAGGCAGACUACGCUGUCGAGAGAACCUUCUGUCUCUGCACCAGGACCGGAAGAAAAUUCUGAAAAGCCUGUCAAAGAAAGCGCCAAAGACUCUGGGUUCAACAAAACUGACGUUCAGCCGAUCGUUGAAGAUGCUGCAAACAAUUCCAGUUCCGCCAGUAACGAUCAAAAUCCGUCAGAUCAAGGUCCAGAGCAACUCAAUGACCCAACCAGUGGCGCUGGCGAUGAAUGGGAGGACGCGGACGAUGGAGACGACUCACCCGAGGCCGAAUCGAGAGUGGUUCCAGUGUACAAUUUUCCCAUCAAACCUUUCGUUUCCAUCACUCUGAACUUGGAGCCGUCCACCAUCAGCAUCCGUGAUGAUGGCGUCAUGGAGAUAUCACGACUCAAGAAAGAGUUUGAUCAAUUGGACCGAUCUCUUGCUGCCGCGACCACAAAGUAUAUCACAUAUGCGCUGGUCAAGAACGGCGGCAUGCGCAUCAUUCGACAGGAUGACGGAAGCGACCGUCAGGUUUUCAAGAACUCCCACGAUCGCAUUUUCAAUGUUGCUUUAUGCUCCACUGCCCCAUUGGAAACACCUACUGACCCACAUGCAACUGAUCAUGGAAUCCUGGGAACUGGUGUCAGUGGCGCCGUCUACUAUGCCACCAUCAACAAAGAUGGCAAUGACCUAUUUGAAAAGAACAAUCUUGAUUCUCAAAGUUUGAUCUUCCCCCCUUAUCCACCAGCUGAUGAAAACACUGCUGGGGGCGUACUCAAGACCCGUGCCAAACGAAGUUCGCGUCAUCCCGAAUUCUUUGCUAUUGGUCGCGGCAAAGCUAUCCAUCUCAUCUGGCCAGCAACUGCAAUGUCUCCAAGAUAUGGCAUCACCCAAGACAAUCGCCGCGUGGAUGUGGACACCUUCUUUCAAGAACGGUCAUUGCAAAUCUCCACUGGGAAGGCUGGGAAAGACUUUAGCUUCAGUGAAGAUGAUAGUCUGAUCGUGUCGCUUGACAAGACUGGCAGACUACGCUUCUGGGACAUCCGAAAGUUGAUCGAGGAAGCUGAUGCCGGUGGUCGGGCCGCUUUGACUGUUGACAUGCCACUCUUGUCGCUGUCGACUGCGUCUCCGUCAGAAAAGUCUUGGCCUACCUCGGUUCACUUUGUCGACAAGGUUCGUCCCUAUAUACGUGGCGGCCCGCUGCGCUAUGUGCUGGUCGGCCUUCGACAGAAUCACACCUUACAACUGUGGGAUAUCGCUCUGGGAAAAGCGGUUCAGGAGAUCAACUUCCCUCAUGAGAACGAAACCGAUGGCAUUUGCAGCGUCAAUUAUCAUGCUAACAGCGGAAUCAUUGUUGUGGGUCAUCCGACUCGGAACUCGAUUUUCUUCAUCCAUCUGUCUGCCCCACGAUACACCUUGAGCGGAGCCUUGACACAAGCGGCCUUCGUCAACCGUAUUGCAAUGAAGGAUCCAGAAUUACCACAACCAGAAUCGACGGCAUGUAUGAGUGGCAUUCGUGAACUAUCCUUUGCCGGCAGAGGACAAUUACGAAGCGUGGAGUUGCUUCCUGUGCACCGAUCGACCGAGGCUCAGAAAGCCGUCGACGUUGACGCUCCAUUGUUCGAAUUGUAUGUCGUUCACUCGAAGGGUGUGACGUGCAUCAACAUCAUCAAGGAAGAUCUUGGUUUGUCAGCUGACAGCAAAGUCAUUCAUGGCAUUGAUGCGAACAAGGAAGGCCUCAUCAGUCUAAAAGAACUCCGAUUGGGCAGUGUCAUUGAGGAGCCCCCACGGCCUAAGAGUCCAGUGUCGGAUGCCCAGUUGCAAGCCCCAGCAAAAUCGACGAAAAAGAAGUCGAAGAAGGCUGCUGUUGCUGCUACUGUUGAGGCUCCAUUUACGGAGGAAGAAACAACUAAAGACGCACCGUCUCAGUCGGCAACGAACGGUGCGCCACCGGCACCAAUCUCUGCACCAGAGCCCGUCAAUGGAGAUGUCCCCCCAGUCAAGGAAAGUAAGAAGAGCAAGAAGAAGGCAGCGGCCGCCGCCGCGGCAGCCCUCGCGUCCGAGAAGCCAACUUCCAGGAACGCCUCGCCUUCGAAGAAUGCUCAGCCACCAUCUGCUUUCGAUGCGGCCACUGCAAAGGAUGCUUCCACGAGUGCCAACGGUGAGCAUGCGAUCGCCCCACCCGUUUCUGCGCCCUCAGCGGCAACCGAGUCUGCAUUAAAGUCAGAAGCUGUUUCGGUUGGUAUCUCAGGAGAUUGGCUUGACAAGGAGUUGAAGAAGAUUGAACGUGGCGUGUCUGCUGAGUUCCGAAAGGAACUUGGCACACUGUAUACCAACAUCCAGAACGAUCGCCUCGUUCAAGAUUCAUCAUCUGCGGCUCGUCAAGAGGCAAUUCUUCGAUUGGUGUCUUCUACAUUGACCACUAACGUGGAGAAGAGCUUAUCUCGGAUUUUGGCUUCACAAAUGCAGCAAGUAGUGGUCCCAGCAAUCACUGGGUUGACGGUUCAGGCAGUGACAACGUCAGUUGGCGAUGCUGUGACGAAAUCAAUGCACUCAGCGCUUCCCAGAGAGCUCAGUUCACAACUCCAAGCGGCCGUGAGCAGUGCUUUGCAAAGUCCGCAGGUCACACGAAAUUUGAUAGAUACUGUUUCACAGAAAGUGUCAAAGCAAACCGAACAUCAAUUGGUCGGUCUUGUACAAAAAGAGAUCAUGCCAUCAUUCCGGACACUCGCAGUUGAGGCCGCCGAGAAAGCGGCUUUGGAUGUUGAAGCGCGUCUCCGAAAUGAAAUCCAGCGAUUUGAGCAUGAAAAGCAACAAGAUACGGUCAGACUGGAAAAGCUGAGUCAGGUGAUGCAAAGCAUGGCGCAGACGCUCCAGCAAUUGUCUGACACUCAGCUGGCAUUCCAGAAUCAGAUCUUGAAGGAUCGCCGUCAGAUUGCGUUACUGGGUGACGACAUGGUUGCGUCUGGGUCCCGCCAAGUUUCAACAGCACGCGCGAGUGCAUCCCCGCUGCAAGGCGUUGGACAGCCACCACAGAAGCCAAAGUCUCGUGAAGAGAUUGAGAUAGAGGAGAUUUCUCAGCUCUUGGAUGAUGGACGUUAUGAGGAAGCCUCGGUCAGAUGGCUCCAGUCAAGUCAGCAAUCUGAGCUUUUUGACCGAUUGUUCAUCCGCUUUACCCCUGAGUACCUGGAAACUGAUGUGUCACCACUGAUUGCCUUUUCCAUUGCUGUCACAAUUGGUAACUCACUGAACACCAACAUCGCACAACGUCUGGAGUGGAUUUUGGCAGCUUUCAACGCUGUUGAUCUGACGGAUUCAGAGAUGAUUGACCUUGCUCAACACGCACCGCAACUUCUGAGCUCGUUAAUUCAAAAGAUCGAAGGGUUGUACAUGACCAUGGCAGAACGCGAUCCAAGAGACCCCGCUCUGAGAAUCAUGCCGGCAGUAUCGAAGAAGGCCAAAGAUAUGAGGGCAGCCCUUCUUGGGUCAAGCACUCCUUCCUACGCACGAGCUUUUGCGUCUCCUCGUUACUAG